AUGACAUCUUCACACCCAGGCUCAAGUGCUGCUGCUCUUAAACAACUCUUUUAAUGAAUAGAAGUAUUUAAUUAAAAAGAUCUCGAUGGGGGCGCCUGAAAUCUGACAUCACCGGACGCUUGAGGAGACGUUUCAUAUCUCGAGAGGAAAGAUGGGCUGUAACUGCAGUUCGGAUUAUUCGGACAGCGACUGGAUCGAGAACCUGGAUGAAAUCUGUGAACACUGCAACUGCCCCAUACCCCCCCAGUCAUGCAACCCCUACACAGAUCAGCUGAUUCCGUAUCCAUCCCAGCAUUCACCUCCUACAUCACCUUUACCAGACAACUUUGUGAUGGCCAUUUACAGCUACGAACCCACUCAUGACGGUGACCUCGGCUUCGAGAAAGGAGACAAACUCAAGAUCCUCAACAAGGAUGAUCCAGAAUGGUAUUUGGCAGAGUCUCUCACCACGGGCCAGCAGGGCUACAUCCCCUACAACUUUGUUGCAAUGUCCACGGUGGAGACCGAACCGUGGUUCUUCAAGAACAUUUCGAGAAAUGAAGCCAUGAGGCUGCUCCUCGCUCCUGGGAAUACGCAGGGUUCCUUCCUGAUUCGAGAGAGUGAGACUGCCAAAGGAUCAUACUCCUUAUCAGUGAGGGAUUUGGACCAUAACACAGGCGAAGGAGUGAAGCACUACAGGAUCCGCAACAUGGACAACGGUGGCUUCUACAUCACAGCGAAGAUUUCUUUUAACUCUCUGAAGGAGCUCGUCCAGCAUCACUCACGUGAAGCAGACGGGCUGUGCACAAAGCUGGUGAAGCCGUGUCAGUCGAGGGCACCGCAGAAGCCCUGGUGGCAGGAUGAGUGGGAGAUUCCUCGCGAGUCCCUGAAACUGGAGCGCAGGCUCGGAGCUGGACAGUUUGGAGAAGUCUGGAUGGGUGUCUACAAUAAUGACAGGAAAGUGGCAAUCAAGAAUCUGAAAAUGGGCACAAUGUCAGUGGAAGCCUUCUUGGCAGAGGCCAACAUGAUGAAGAACCUGCAGCAUCCUCGCCUCGUCCGCCUCUUCGCUGUGGUCACCCAGGAGCCAAUCUACAUUGUCACAGAGUACAUGGAAAACGGUAGCCUGGUGGAUUACCUGAAAACAACCGAGGGCAGCGGUUUGCCCAUGAACGUCCUGAUAGAGAUGUCAGCUCAGGUGGCUGAUGGCAUGGCCUUUAUUGAGCAGAAAAAUUACAUCCAUCGAGACCUGCGAGCUGCCAAUAUUCUGGUCUCUCAUGAGCUCAUCUGCAAGGUAGCUGACUUUGGACUCGCAAGACUCAUCGAGGACAAUGAAUACACAGCCAGAGAGGGUGCAAAGUUCCCCAUUAAAUGGACCGCCCCAGAAGCUAUUAACUACGGAACCUUCUCCAUAAAAUCUGAUGUGUGGUCAUUUGGGAUCCUGCUCACAGAAAUAGUGACAUAUGGACGCAUUCCUUACCCGGGUAUGUCCAACCCAGAGGUAAUUCAGAACCUGGAGCGGAGCUACAGAAUGCCGAAGCCAGACAACUGCCCCGAUGCUCUUUAUAGCAUCAUGUGUCACUGCUGGAAGGAGAACCCAGAGGAGAGACCGACGUUUGAGUACCUGAGGAAUGUCCUGGAAGAUUUCGCCACGUCCACAGAGAGGCAGUACCAGGAAUAGCUAUGGUGGAGUGUAAAGGCACAGACAUAUACAAUAAAUCUAUUCAAACUAAGGCUCAGCCUGUGAAAGUGGAUGCUGCAUUUGAUUUUUUUUUUCUUCUUUUGAAGAAUGCAUGCCUUUCUACUGACAGGGAUAUAACUGAUAUUUUCCAAGUUUCUGCAUCAAAUAUAUUCUGAAGUGACCUCUUAGAUAUGAUACUAUCAACAUGAAUGGAGAACAGCUGGAUCAGAGCCGGCAGCAGCGGGGAGAGAGCUGCUCGAAUGACCUGGGACUGACUGAUGUAACUGAAUAAGUAGCUGCCCUCCUGGUGCUCUUUAUGAACGUGUAAAUACCGUCCACUGCUUCAGCUGUGUUUUACCUCUGCUGUUUAAUAAAUGUUUUUUUUUAAAGUGUUUUAAUUUCAGUAAAGAAAAAGUGCUUUAUGGAUCUUUGUUGUCAUAUUACAUGUACAUGAUGUUUCUCAUAAGUGAUGCUGCAGUACGUCACCCUAAAAUUAUGAGAGCCGUCACAAACUGCAGCUUUCCGGAGCUGAUCGAGUACUGUAAGCUUCCAGGGUACUUUACACCAAGGAGGUUUUUGUUAGUGUUGCAUGUGUGCGUGUGCCAUUCUGUCUGUAAACACGAUAGAUGGAAAAGUUUGGAGCGAAUUCUGAUAAAACUUUGUAGGAGUGCAGAGCGGGGUCAUGUUCACGAUCCAUUAAUAAUGAUAUAUAGAGCUUUUUCAAACUAGGUUUCUUACUGCCAUUGUUUGCAUUGACAAAUGAUAUAUAGGGAUAUAUCGCAUUAUAGUUUGCAUCCAAAUAUCAUGUCACAUUUGACCUCUGACCUCACUUUUACAUUUCAUAUGUUUUGUAUUGUCAAGAAAAAGAGAAUGAGCUGCCAGGUUAGUUUGAAAUAUGCUGUAGAUUAAUAUUAUAUAAUAAGCUCAAGUUAUUCGUGUCCAGUUAUUUACAAAUAAAUACAAACACAUAUUAUCAUGACCUGCUCC